AGCAGAAAAGUUGUGCGUCCGGCGACGGUGUUUCUUGCUUCUCACGCGGUCAGACACACACCACGAGGACUUCAACUGCGUGCAUCAACAUCGUUUGUCUAUGUAUUGCCUUUGCGUUGUCCCUGCCUCUCUCUCUUCGUGUCUUUUAUUUCCGCUCUCGCUUCUGCGCCCUUGUUUUGUCAUCACUCCGAAGCCCGUCAAGAAAGCAGAGGAUACUCUUUAGUACUUUACCUGGAUGCGAGACACGCUCCCAUCGUUCACUCCUUGUACCUCUCUGGCAUUCAAUUAUUAUUAUUUUUUCUUCUUCCGUCCUGUGAUUCCCUUCAUUCGCUCAUUUCUUCAACGUGUCCAUACGUUACGCAGAGUGCAGCGAAAUAAGGUCUCCAUUGAAGCCUGGCGUUCGCUCACGGAGACACGCGCACCCAAGCCGCCGCAGUGAGCCACGCAAGGAAACAACGCAGCUCAACGUUCCGUUCAUAGUUCUCUCUCUUCCUUCUUCAGUAUUGUUUUGUCGCACGAUUUGCAUUAUAUAUAUAUAUAUAUAUAUAUAUUUAUUUAUUCGUGUUUAUUUUUUCUCUACCUUCAUAAAGGCUGUGUCGUAUUUCCGGCGUUAUUUCCAUCCUCUUUAGACGCUCUUCUCGCGCGCCAUCUCUCGGUGUAGUCAGACACUGGCGUGACGCAGGUCUCACGCAAAGCAGGAACGCACGUCAACCGAGUCGUUGCUGCUGCUUUUGCCCACCAUGUACCAACCAAGCAACCCGUACAGCAACGACGGCGCCACCAAAAUUAGCCCGGGUGCAGGGGCGAAGAACACCGGCUCAAACAGGAAUGGCGGAGGUUAUGGCAACGGAGCCGCCUACGGCAGCGGCUACGGCGCGGGUGGCUUUGGCGCUGGCGGCUACGGCGGGGCGGCUGGGUAUGGCGACGGCAGCAUGUACGGCGGUGCCGGCCCAGGCCAGGAAGGCGCCCAGAACGGCAGCAUGUACGGUGGUGGCAGCGUCUACGGCGGCGGCGGUGGCGCUGCGUCGAUGAUGGGUGACAUGAACGAGAACAUCGUCGUCACGAAGCUCUUCUCCAGCCGUCGCGACCUCGACCGCGUCGCCUCGGCCGUGGACUUCUCGCGCCGCUUCGACUCCAACUGGGGCAGCUACCGCUCCGCCGGGGCGGACGGCUACGGCGGCUCGAUCUACCGCAACAACACAGGUGCCGGGGAGGGCUCGCUCAUGAACCUCGGCGGCAGCCGCGGUGUCGUCUCUCUCACGGACCGCGGGGUCGGCCGCGCCGGCGAGGGACCAGACGGCGGUGCCCCGGCGGCGGCCGCCGCGGCGGAGAGCAGGGAGGCUCGCCCCCCACCCAAGACGGCCGUCGAGCAGGCACCCCGCGAGCCGAGCACGAAGAAGCUCGCGGCGGGGGAGGAGGCUGGUGCGCGGCAGCCGGUGAAGCCGAAGCCAGCCUCACCGAAGAAACCGGUGGAGGUGAAGCCCGCUGCGCAGGCCGUCCCGCCAAAGCCGGCAGACGCGGCUUCCCAAAACACGUCGCGAGCCCUGCCGAUGCAGGAGUCGCCGCGCAAUCGGCAAGCGGAGCAGAAGCAGACCCCAAAGACGCAGCCGCCCGCCAAGACGAUGACGUCACGCGAGGUGGUACCGAGCGGUGCGAAGCCGGUCGAGGUGCCGCCGCUGGAUGACAUUCCGCUGCUGGCGGACGACGUGCUGCCCAAGAAGAAGGCCCCCACGCCGGCCGAGGUGAAGCAAAUGCCGACGCCGCGCGAGCUGCCCCCGCCGCAGAGGGAGGUGGCGAGGGAGACGGAGGAGCCGGCGAAGGGGCCAAAUCGGCCGAUGCGGCCCCGCAGCCGUCCGCACAGUCGCCCGCAGAGCCGCAUGACGUCGAUGAGCGUCGUGGAGUUCCCGCAGGCCGACGAGGUGAAGGAUGAGAUGGUGGCGGACGGGUUGAAGGCCCCGGAGAGGGACGCGGCGCUGGCGGCCGCGCGCGAGGAGCAGAAGCGGCAGCGCGAGGAGGCGUCCCGCCAUGCCCGACUGGAGCGCGCGAAGCAGCGGCAGCAGCAGGAGGACCAGCAGAAGCAGCGCGAGGAGGAGACCCGUCGCGCACGUGAGGCGAAAGCAGAGGAGGAGCGGCUGAAGAAGGAGCGCAUCGCCAAGAUGGACGAGGAGACGCGACAGCAGCGGGCGGCGGCCCUCGCGGCGCGGGAGCGCCAGCGGGAGGAGGAGAAGCGCCGCUUCGAGGAGGCGAAGAAGGCGGAGGAGGAGAAAGAGGCCGCCCGAGCCGCCGCCGCCAUCGCGGAGCGUCAGCGUCUGUUGGAGGAGAAGGAGGCGUCGGAGGAGAAGGCGCCGCGACCGACGUCACGCCCGCGCAGCCGGCGGCCGGUGAGCCGGCCCAACUCGAACCUGCGUGGCCCGAUCCCGGAGCAGCCGCCGGACCUCGUGGCGGGGCAAAUCAAGGACCCACUCGCGGAGGACAAAUUGAGUAAGCCGACAAAUACCGUGACCCGCACCACGCCGGCGAGUGGUACCGCCGAUGCGGUGUCCAGCAACACGUCCCAGCGCGCAGCGGACCACCCACAGAAGCGAGAGCCACAGCAGGUGGUACACAGACGCGAGGUGGAGGUGUCGCGGCAGCACACGAGCCACGAGUCUACGCCAGCGUCACAGCAGGCGCACGCGACGAAGCCUGCGCAGUCGUCGGUGAGGACGGAUGAGGGCAGCACGCAGCAGCAGCAGCCGACACCGGCAACUCAGCGGGAGCGCAAUAUGGUGAAAACCUUCGUGCUGAUGGAGGCGGUUCGUGACAGCAAUCACGCCGUGCAGAGCACGCCCGAUUCGAUCACCUACCGAGAUCAGACGAUCAACGUGACAGAGCUGAAGGUGCGUGAGGAGGACAACUUCAACUACAACUCCACGGUGGUGCACGACGUGCGGGAGGCGGCGUGCCACGGGUACAACUCUGCGGUGCUUUCCAUGGAGACGGCUAACACUGUCAGCCGUUUUGAAUCACCUGUUUGGUCCAUCUUGAACCGCAUCGUCCGCACGCUGCUGAAGGAGAACUCGAGCGACGCCGGCGAGCUGCAGGAUAACUUUGAGUUGACCUGCGCGAUAGGCUACCUGUACCGCGACAAGGUGAAGGACCUGCUCGAGCGCGACGGUGACGCACCCUUUACGAAGGUGGCGGUGAAUCCUUCGCCCAUCUACGGCCCCCGCCUGACGAACUUAAGGUACGACGCGGUCACCGACCCGGCUCAGUUUGAGGAGAUGCUCUCCGGCACGCUCUCGCGCAGCACGCAUGACACGACCGUGGCGGGAUUGACGGAGGGCGUGGUGGCCGCCUUUGUGCUGGUGAAGCAGUGCCGUGAGACGGAGGGGAAGCAGGACAUCUACCUCUCUUCGCUCAUCGUUGCGUCCUGUGGCGAGGAUCCGCUGCCGUACCAAUCGGCCAUCUCGCACACCCGCAACGAGUACGCAACGGUGUUCCACCUUGUCCUGGGUGGCCCGAGCUGUACCUGCUUCAUGCUGAACGUCGCGGACGAUGACGCGGUACGCAAAUCGGGUGACGCAAACCAGCAGUCGGUGCCAGACGGCAUCGAGACGGCUUUGGCGCUGCUGGCGCAGAUGGCGGCACUGCAGAACUACGAUCUUCGCAGCGGAUCGGUGAGGCGCUUUAUCAAGUACUUGGAGCGCUCGCAUGCGAACGCGAGGCAGCGCUUGGCGAAGGAGUCGGACGAAGCACAGCGCCGCAAGGUGGAGCGUUACGUGAAGGAGCAGGAGCGGUUGCUAGAGGACGCCUACGGUUUGCUGCGAGACGCGAACAUUCAGGUCGAGCGGGAACUUUAG